CGCGCGUUGAUUUUGCGAUUUUUUUUGUCCCCUCCCAAAGACGGAUCCAGGUAUGAAUUGACGCGCGGCGCGACGCCGGAGAGAAUCCCGCGCCGUCCACGCGGCCCCCGCCAAGCUCCGUCUCGUACCGCAGUUUCGCGUCAGUUAGUGCUAGUAGGAAUGGAGUUCGGAGUAGGCGAUGUCGCCCAGAUAUCGGCAGAACUGGCUCGAGUGGUCGAGAUGAUGAUGUCACCUGGUAUAUCUCAGCCGCAACGCCUGGAAAUGUACAAUGCCUGUGAGAGGUUCAAGGAAUCUUCACCGUUGUGUGCGCAAUGUGGCUUGUACUUGGCACAGAAAUCACCCGAGAGAAGCUCAGUGGUACGCCACUUUGGUCUGCAGUUGAUGGAGCAUUGUGUGAAGUAUCGAUGGACACAAAUUUCACAGUCAGAAAAAAUUUUCAUCAAGGAGAAUGCGAUGAAAUUACUUCAAGAAGGCACCCAACCACUGUUACAGGAAGAGGCACACAUAAAGGAUGCUCUGUCGCGUGUCGUAGUUGAGAUGAUAAAGCGUGAAUGGCCUCAGCAGUGGCCCACACUGUUGGCCGAGCUUAGUCAGGCUUGCACACAAGGCGAGAGUCAAACUGAAUUAGUCCUGUUGGUAUUCCUCAGAUUGGUAGAAGAUGUAGCACUCCUGCAGACACUCGAAUCAAAUCAAAGAAGGAAAGAUAUAUAUCAGGCGUUGACUACGAACAUGGCUGAGAUCUUCAGCUUUUUUCUGAGACUAAUGGAGCAACACUUUUCAGAGUUUCAGAAGAAAAGUGCUUUAGGACAGACAUCCGAAGCUACGGCACAUAGUAAAGUCGUUCAAGUAGUGCUAUCCACGUUAACUGGAUUUGUCGAAUGGGUUUCUAUAAACCAUGUCAUGGCCGAGGAUGGAAGAUUGUUGCAGAUACUAUGCCUCCUAUUAGGAGAUCCUAUAUUUCAGUGUUCUGCUGCUGAAUGUCUGCUUCAGAUUGUAAAUCGUAAAGGCAAGGCCGAAGACCGAAAACAAUUGAUGAUCUUGUUCUCAGAGGAGGCUUUGAGAUAUAUUUAUACUGCAGCCACUGCUCCACCGCCUCUGGCUGGACCUACAAAUUUCCAUGAAAAUCAUUACUUAUUUUUGAAGAAGCUCACACAAGUACUGACUGGUAUGGCGACACAACUUUGCGCCUUGUGGGGAAAAGAUGAUGCCUCUAGCAUACGGCCGACGCAUUUCAAUCUCUUUCUGGACACCGUGCUCACAUUCACCAUGUAUUCGAGCCUUACGCUCACGCAUUUAGCGAACGUAAUUUGGGUGAUGCUGUUUAAACACGAACAGAUUAAGACAGACUCGUUACUGCUUACGUACGUGCCCAAGUACGUGGAGCAUACUGCACCCAAGUUGAUCCGCGUUACAUAUCCACACGGUAGACAAAGUAACGGCAUGACCACAUACUGCCUCGUUGAUUAUGACUCAGAGGAAGAGUUCAACGUUUUUCUGCAUCGCUUCAGAAUGGAUCUGUUAGAAGGAUUUAGACAUGCAACUAUGGUGGCACCUUUAGUGACAUUUACAUACGUUCAACAGUGGCUGACCGCGAAGAUCACCAAGGGUAUGGCAAAUCUGCAAUACAAGAGCGAUCAGAACGACCGAGAGUAUCUUGAAUGGGAAGCCCUCGCACAUGCAUUAGACUCUGUUGUGUCCAGGAUCUUGCUAAUCAAUGAGCGGCCGAGCGUACAGACGGGUCUACAGUUGUUGGAACUCUGUCUAGGUUAUUCACCGCAAGAUCCUUGGCUUCUAUCCGCUCUACUUUCUUGUAUAAGCGCACUCUUCGUAUUUCUAUCGAUGUCAACUGGCUCGAUGGCUAUGCCGGGUGUUGCUAUUUUACCGCGUGUUCUUGAGAAGAUCUUCGCUGCAUUAGUAUUUGAGGCGCCUGGUGAGAACGAGAAUAAUCGAUCACGGGCAUCCAAAAGCGUGCGACGACAUGCAGCCAGUCUGAUGGUGAAAAUCAGUCUCAAGUAUCCACUGUUGUUACUGCCAGUAUUCGAGCAGAUACACACAAUGGUGCGCAGUUUGACCCGCGAGCCAAGCCCAUUGUCUCGAAUGGAGAGUGUCAUGUUAUACGAAGCAUUACUCCUUAUCUCGAAUCAUUUUUGCGAUUAUGAGAGACAGACUCGAUUCGUUACGGAGGUGAUCAGUGAUGCAUCCAGUAAAUUCAUCGCGCUAGGCACGGAAUGGUUCGAGGGACCGCCAGAGCUUAUGCAGUUUGUGGGACUGGACAGACCACCGGUAGAGAACGCGUUGGAAGAUCCAGCUAAACGCAAUCGCAGCGAUCUUAUGAUGUGUAUUUGCACUAUGCUGAGCGUAGUUAAACGAUGCUCAAUCCCAGAAGAUCCCGAUCGCGCGGCCAGGGGUGGCUUCGUAGCCGCGCUCAGCGAGAGCGGCAAUCCAGUAUAUCGAAAUCCAGCAACACCUCAUAUAAUCCCUAUUCUACCAACACUGUUCGCACUACUGCGAACAAUGAAUGGUCUCUUCAGUCAUGCUGCUCUUGCUGCUCUAUCUGAGGGCUACAAAAAUGCUUAUGGACUUUUGGAAUCUGAAAAGGCGAAUCUUUUAGGCGUUAGUAUAACUAACGACAAUAAUAGUGAAACGGACCAGGUUUUAAGCACUUCUCUGGUUCGAAUGCAAUCAUUCCUGAGUACAGUUCAUGACCAAUGCUACCAUAUGUUAGGUAGCGGCUGUCACAUGAUCGGUCGAGAUUUUUAUCAGUUGCCUGGACUAGCACCGGCCUUAUUGAACUCAGUUUUCUCGAAUAUGGAGGUGAUUCCCGAUUAUAGACUUCGGCCGAUUAUACGCGUGUUUAUGAAGCCAUUUAUAUACUCGUGCCCGCCGGCUUUUUAUGAGAGCGUACUACUACCUGUACUGGCUCACGUAUCCACACACAUGUGCCAAAGAUUAAGCACAAAGUGGCAGUACAUAGCGCAUCUGUACGAAUCCGGCGGUUUGGAUGAGGAGAACACUGAUACGCAGGAAGUUAUCGACGAUAUGCUUAACAGAAAUCUGACUAGGGACUUCGUGGAUGUGUUAAAAGUGGCUCUGGUCGGCGGAGCCGCUAGCGAUGCCGCUCCUCCGGAUACUAUGGAACAAGACAGCGGAGGAAUGGCUGUAGACCCACCUCUUUCGCGAGGAAAUAGUAUCGUCGCCGAGGUCGUCAGCGAACUCGGGACUUCCAUUUUGCGUCAUCCGUCCACUUGUCACAGCGUCGUGCUAUGUGUACUAGGAGCGCUCGCAUGGAAUGAUUCAAACGCGAGUCUCAAGGCUACAAUGUUAACUGGACCCGUGGUCCGAGCUCUGGCAGCUGAUGGCAGUCUCACUCCUUCCAUGGCAGCACACAUCAUGGUUGCUGUUCUUCAAGGUUUACAACUACAUGGUCAGCAUGAAGCCAAUCAAGGUUCUCUUAUCACUCUGGGCGCGCAGGUCUACGAGUGCCUAAGACCUAAGUUUCCGAACAUCAUCGAGGUGAUGCAGCAAAUCCCGGGGGUCAAUCCUGCCGACUUGCAACGCUUCGAUGAGAAAAUGUCGGUGGUUAGCACGAAAGGCAAUAAAGUCGAAAAGGGAAAGAAGGAUCUCUUCAAGAAAAUUACUAAUCAGCUUAUCGGCAGAAGUGUAGGUCAAUUGUUCCGUAAAGAAGUCAAAAUAGACAAUUUACCGCGGAUAGAGGUAUCUGGUAAGUCUCAGCCGGUUCGGGUGGAUGAGAUCUCAAAGAAUGCUGCUGACACGGGAAUAACAGCACUGUUCGCUGGAUCUACGUAGCAGACAAUUUUAGAAAAUCAUAUUUUGCAUAGUUGGUCUAACUCAAUAAGUAAUUAUAAGUUAUUAUGAAAAAGUCUCUUCUAGGGUUGCCAUACGAUGUGGCAGAAAAAGAACGUUCGAUCCAAAACUUGAAAUAGUACGUUUCUUUUUAGGAAAAUCACAAAUUUCUUUAUGGCCGACUUAUAGCCGUAAAUAAGCCGUGUCAAAGUGCUCGAGGUAUCAUCUCAGAUUUAUAUGCAAUUACAAAUUUCAGAUUUCAUUAUUUUUAUUUGUAUUCUUUCAACAAGCAUUUCUUAAAAGAUGUAUGUGUGAUGAAACGAAAAAAAUAAUAGCAUGAAUUUUUGAAUAAAAUUGUAAUUGUCAUAAAAAAUCAAGGUGAUAUCUUCGGAAUCUUUGGGCAUACUAUGCCCCUACUCAAUCAUAGGUGCUCGAAAUUAAAUCUUGAAUUAUAAACUAUAACACACAUCUAAUUCAUAUAAUUGUAUAUUUAUGAUGAACAAUUGGAAAAAUUUUUUUGCACUUUCUUCAUUCUGAAAUCGAUUAUGAUAUAGAUGUAAGUGUAGAUAAAUUUUUACACUACAUAUUCUAUCAUUACUAUUAUUUAUUCUAAUUAAUGUUAGACUCGCGCAGAAAGAACACAGCCAAUAUUAUUCGCGUUCCGUCUUGUCAUUUGUAUUCAAGACCGAGCAUUCGAUCUCUCAGGUAGUGUUAAUUUUUUCAUGGGUUAUUCUUUCAAUGUCCAUUUUUAAUUACUGUUUUACAACAAAAAUUCCAAAUGCAUCACACGAUACUGUAUGUUUCAUGACAAACAUACAAAAUGUAAAGGUUCGUUGAAAUUACGGAAGAAUUGUAUAAUGAGAUGUAAGAGACUAUUGUGAUAAGAUUAAAAAUAUAAUGAGUAAAAUUUUACAAUAUACACAAAAGCAAGCGAUUUAAAAAACCGCAAAGUGAAUUGUUUUGUAUAAAUGAAGAAAUAAUACGUGAGUCCGAGCUGUGACUGAUGUGUGCAAAACCGAACUAACUAAUAUAUUUCUUAUUUUUCUUUACUACGUUCUAAAUUAUAUCUCCGAAGUCCAUAGUGUUUGUAUCAUGUUAGGUUCGUUCUUUUUAGCUGAAAAUCUUUAUUUUUAUUGAUACUUAAAAUGAGACAAAUAUACGUAUGUUUAUAAGAAAGAAAAAAAAGAAUUGUAAAGAAGCAGCUAAAAAGAAUUUAUCUGUUCUAUUAUACUACUAAGGAUCUCGAAGUAUAGUUCAUUCACAUCGGUGUUAUAUAUAUAUGUGUGUGUGUGUGUGUGUGUG